AUGCAAUCGCAACAUAUUACAGCGAAUGCAUUAGCACGUCGUGUGGUUCAACAAUCGUCGCAAGGUAUUCCAAUAUCAGACGAAACAGUGAGUCGACCACGCGCUGUUUAUUCGAUUGACCAAAUUCUUGGGACAGUUCAAGCGCAUAAUGAGCGUAAAUCACAUGAAGAACAUGAAAUAUCAAAAGCAGAAUCAACAUCGACGUCUGAUGGUGAAGGUGAUAAUGUUGAUGGUGAUGAUAUGCCAAUGAUGGGUGAUAUGGGUGAUGGAGGACCAGACGAUGCAAAUAGACCUAGAAAAAUACGACGAUCACGUACAACAUUUACUACAUAUCAAUUACAUCAAUUAGAACGAGCAUUUGAAAAAACUCAAUAUCCUGACGUAUUUACAAGAGAAGAAUUAGCAAUGCGAUUGGAUCUCAGUGAAGCAAGAGUUCAGGUUUGGUUUCAAAAUAGAAGAGCCAAAUGGAGGAAAAGAGAAAAAGCUUUAGGCCGUGAUACAGCUGGAUUUAUGCACCCUGAACAAGGAGGUGUUCCAGACUUUGCGUUACAUGCACAAUUAGGUAUGCCCCAUAUGGGAAGUGAUCCAUUUUGGCCAGGCCUAGGCUUUCCACCGGGUAUGUUCGGUCCAGCUGCAUUAGGUUUACCAUGGGGACCAGCUGGUUCAUCGAAAACACCGCCACAAUUAUCAGUACCCUCCUUACAUGCCCUAUUUUCACAAUACAUGUUAUCGGGUGGGGCCGGUUUACCAGUUCCUGUGGGAUUACCAAUGAAUAUGCCACCACCAAAUAUACUGCCACCACCAAACACAAUAUCACCAUUACCCGAUCAAGAUCAGGAACAAUCAAAAAGUCCCCGAUCGCAUAACUCUAGUCCCGCACCUUUAUCACCAAGUGAAGAGACGAGAAGAAAUAGUAUUGAUGCAUUACGAUUAAGAGCACAAGAGCAUUUACUAAUGGAACAUCAACGAAUUAUUGUGCCGAAACCUAAACCGGUUGUACAACCUGUUCAAGCUAAGUCAUAA